UAAUUUCUCUAAACAUCAAGUAUGAAUUAUACAUACCUUUUAAAACAUUUAAAUAUUGCAUAUUUAAUAUACAGUUAAUUGUUACUUUUUAUUCAGUAUUAUUUUUAGUUACUGUACGUUUAUAAUUUACGGAAUAAAAUAAAAUGAUAUUUACAUAAUUUUUAAUUUAUCUAAACUUAUUAAUGACUUCAAUGUUUGAGAUUACAGAUUUACAAAAAAUCGGAGUCGGCUUAGCUGGUUUCGGCAUAUCUUUCUUAUUCUUGGGCAUGUUAUUACUAUUUGAUAAAGGUCUUUUAGCUAUUGGUAAUAUAUUAUUUAUUGUGGGACUAAGCUGUGUUAUAGGAGUACAGCGGACUUUAAAGUUUUUUUUUCAAAGACAAAAAAUCAAAGCAUCAUUAUCAUUUUUUGGUGGAAUUUCCGUUGUUCUCUUUGGAUGGCCUCUUGUCGGAAUGUUAUUAGAAAUUUAUGGGUUUAUACUUUUAUUCAGUGGUUUCUUUCCAGUAGCAAUAAAUUUUAUGCGCAGAGUACCAAUAUUAGGCACUGUUCUUAAUUUGCCUGGAAUCAGUGGACUAUUGGAUCUAGUGGUUGGUGAUACAAGACGAACAAUGCAAUCAUUAUUACACUCACGAAGAGUUACCGACUAAAGAUGUGCACAUCGAUUUCAAAAAACUCGUCUCGCACAUCAAAAACAAGCUGGAACCGACUUCUUAUUUAUCAAGAUUCACUAACAACUACUACAUUAACUGAGUGAAACAUCUAACAUUUUAAUCACAUUGAACAAUCGCAUUUAUUGAAUUACACAACAUUAUUGAAGUACACAACGUGCGUUCUGUUUCAUACAUUGUUGUUCGCACACGUGGUAUACAAAUAUCUAUUUCAUAUACAUUUUGUUAACACGA